AGGCGGGAGAGCUAAUCAAAUUUGAUUAGAAGCUCUGCGCGUCUCCUCUACAGCGCCAAUGUUCAUUAAAAGCUUAAGAAGAGCAGAGAGAGAGAGAGAGAGAGAGAGAGAUAGAGGGCCAAAAGAGAGGAGAGAGAACGAAUUUGCAGAGAAGAGACGCAAACAAGGCCAAGAUGGUGAUUAUCAUUUUUAGCUUUCUUCUUUCCUGAUUUUCGUUAUAUAUAUAUAUAUGGUAAUGGCCGAUCUGUACGAACACAAGGCAUGCUCGUCCUCUCCUUCGUCUUCUGGCACCGCCGGUCUCGCUCUCGACCGUGACGAAAUCUCCGCGUUUCUUCACAAUCUGCUUCACAGCUCAUCUUCGUCUGCUUCUGCUCCCUCUUCCUCUUUCGUUUCCUCAUCUUGCAUGUCUUCGAAGGCCAAGUACAUGCACUCGUUCUCGUCUCCGCCGGCCCCGCCGCAUCCGUUGUUCCCGUCGCUACCGGAGGUUAAGUUGGCUGCGGGAAUGGUGGUGCCACCGGAGGAUCUGCCCCGGGCAAGCGGAUCGGUGCGUGUCAUUGACACGGACUCCGGCGUCCGGGACGGGACCGGGCCCUCGGCGACGAGUCUGAACUUUUCCGAUACAGGCGGGUAUUUUUCGUCGGACGCCAAAGAGCGCACACGAAACUGGCUUUCUUCUGCUGGCGGGUCGGAGUCUGAUGUGAUAACGUCUUCGGCAGAGCUAAACAAGUAUCCUGCGGAUUCUGAUCUCUAUGACUAUAGCGAGGAUCCGGAAUCGUCGGAUGUGCCCUUGAACCCUGCCCCGCGCCGAAGUUCAUCAAAGAGGAGUAGAGCCGCUGAGGUCCAUAAUUUGUCGGAAAAGAGGAGGAGGAGUAGGAUUAAUGAGAAAAUGAAAGCUUUACAAAUGCUAAUUCCGAAUUCUAAUAAGACAGAUAAGGCUUCCAUGCUUGAUGAAGCUAUUGAAUAUUUGAAGCAGCUUCAGUUACAAGUACAGAUGUUAUCAAUGAGAAAUGGAUUAAGUUUGCAUCCAGCUUACUUACCAGGAGUUCAACAGCCUAUGCAACUACUCCAAUUGGGAAUGUGCUUUGAUGAGGGAAAUGGAUUUCCUAAUACAAAUGGAGGGGGUGUGUUUUCUACAAACCAAGGGACAUCAGUGCAGACUGCAUAUCGUCUUCCCAACCAAUGCACUCCCUCAAGCCAACCAAUUGUCACUCCCCCAAUGACACAUAUCGCCAAUUCAGAAACUUCGUUUGGCUUGGAACCAUCUGUUCCAGCUCACUAUGGAUCAUUAAAUCUCUCCACAUCUUCCAAGGAGCUCUGCAGUGAAGAUGCAUUACCACUAUUGCAAUUGGAUAUGAGCGUCACUGGGAAAAAUUCAUCUGGUGUGUCUUCGUAGGUGAGGAGGUUAUACUCUCAAAUGACAAGGUGUUUAAAAUUUCUUGUAGUCAUAUUUGGUUGUCCAAUUUUUUGGAAUGUCAUAGCAAUUGCAAAUGUCUUUCUCAAAUGCGGACGUAUUUGACUCCAUUUACUUCAUUUACUAUGAGAACAGGUUGAGCACUCAUAAAUGUGUAAAAGAUUUUUUUUUUUCUUUCA